CGCUGCCUAUCAGAGUUGGCGGGAAGGCGGCGGCGGGGUUAAUGGCUGCGGCUGACUCGUAUUCUAGCGGCGGCCCGGCGGCUGUCAAGCUGCCGCGGUCGCCGCCGCUCAAGGUGCUAGCGGAGCAGCUGCGGCGCGACGCGGAGGGUGGCCCGGGCGCGUGGCGGCUGUCGCGGGCGGCGGCGGGCCGCGGGCCGCUGGAGCUGGCGGCCGUGUGGAUGCAGGGCACGGUGGUGGCAGCGGGCGGCGGCGAGGCGCGGCUGCGCGACUCGAGCGGGCCCUUCUCGGUGCGCGGCCUGGAGCGGGUGCCUCGCGGGCGGCCCUGCCUCUCCCCAGGAAAGUACGUGAUGGUAAUGGGAGUGGUCCAGGUGUGCAGCCCUGAGCCGUGCCUUCAGGCUGUGAAGAUGAUGGAUCUUUCUGAUAAUCCCAUCCAUGAAAGCAUGUGGGUACUAGAAGUGGAAGAUUUACACAGGAACAUUCCUUAGAUGACUUGAAACUGUUGAAAACAACUGAAAUUCUGAAACAAUUUAGGUUCUUUUACCACAUAGAUUUCAUGGACAUCAUUAUAUGUGUAUUUCUCAGAAGUUCCUCUGAGAGCUUUUUGCUUUGGUUGACCAAGUGGUCGGGAUGUACGGUUUCUGAACACUGGGACCGUCCAGCUAACUUAACCCCUGAUGCCCUUUGCUUUGACACCUGUUUGCUGAUGAAAAGCAGAUGUUAUGUUCUCUUUCUCUUCUCUUGGUUUGUGUGUGUUAUUGCUCUCUAAAGCACACAUGAUGCAUUUUCCCAGUUUUACAAGUGGAUACUUUUUCUGUGACCACCACGACCCUAUUUUACGAUGCAAAAUUUGAAUCUCACUCGUUGCCCGUGGAGAUUAAAGUGUGGUUGUGGGCAGGGAAACAGGCUACAUUGAAAAGGAAUGACCAUGGCUCCUCUUCUUCUCCAUCAACUUCCAUAUCCAAUUUGUAAGUCAAAUGGCAUGUUCUCACUGCACACACCAGCGGCCUCAAAGACACAGUUCUCUCUGCUUCAGAUACCACUCAGCCACUUAAGACCUUAUGUCUCGUAGCUGUGGAUGCUGCUGCUGCCAUCCUCCUUUCACUUGGAGUUGUUGAGACACUUUGAACAUUUUUGGUUGAACCUAAAAUCAAGAUUGAGAACAACUUUCAGGCAUUAACCAAACCUCUGCCUCAUAACUUUUGGUGAGACGCUUCCAGGGAGCAACUUCCUGGCCUACAGGAUUUUCCCCCCCGUGUUUUAUUGAGAUGUAAUUGACAUACAGCGCCGUAUAAAGCUAAGGGGUACAGCAUAAUGAUUUUAGAGUUCUUACAUUUUUUUAUAUGGGAUGACUUUUUGCUGUGAUUAUAUUGAAUGUUGGGUUCCUGCUCUCUGCUGCUUCCCCAUGCCUUAUAUUUCCUUAGAUUGCUACCAUCAAAGAAGUCAGGCUAUACUGCUACAGAGUUUUGUAGAUUAUUGAGCUUCACCACUAAUAAAUUGUCUCAUAUGCUGCAUUUUUUUAAUAGACUUUAUUUUUUAGAGCAGCUUUAAAUUUAUAGAAAAAUAGAGCUGGACGUACAGAGUUGCCCGACACCCCCACCCCUGCAAGUUCUAUUAAUAACCUUGGCAUUGGUGUGGUGCAUUUGUUGCAAGUGAUGAGCCAACAUUAAAGCCCAUGGUUUACAGUAGCUGUAAUUUGUGGGAUACAGCUCUACUAGUUUCACAAAGGCGUACUAUGUAUCUCCCACGACAUUAUCAUAGGGAAUAGUGUCACUACCCUCAUAAAAGUCUGUGCUCCACCUAUUCAUCCCUCCCUCCCCCUUAGCCCCUGGCAACCACUGAUCUUUCCACUGCCUCCAUACUUUGCCUUUUCCAGAAUGUCACAGAGUUGAAAUCAUACAGCAUGUAAUAUUUUCAGACUGGCUUCUUUCACUUAGUAAUACGCAUUUCAGACUUUUCUGAACAGUUACAGUAUUUCUUGGUAGCUCUCUUUUUUAUCACUGAAUAAUACUCCACUGUAGGGAUGUUUCAUAGUUUGUUUAUUCAUUCACCUAUUGAAGGACAUCUGUUUGACUACAAUUUUGGCAAUUAAUAAAGCUGCUAUAAACAUUC